GGCACAUACUCUGGAAAUAACGACAGUUUUACCUUUACCAUGUCCCUCGCUUCCUGCCAUGGAGAACCACUCAGCUGGAAGUCGGGCGUGGUCGGGUCACUUGUCAAAAGCAAGAUGAAAUACGGAGACUCUAUGUUACAUUAGGGAAUGUCUCUCGAGGAAGUAUCUCGCUGUCUUGGAGGGCUUACCGCGAAGGCUCCGGAGUUGGACAUAUCUCUCCGGACAUUCUAGCCCGCGGUUGUCCAGCAGUGACUCAUACGCGACUUCGCAACCUCAGUGAAAAGACAGGGGGGGAUCAUCGCUGAACGCCUGCAUAGAAAAAGGAAUCUCUCAGUCCCGACCCGGUGUCGGCGUCCCUUACUCUUGAGGAAGUCCAGAAACAGGUCUAUCGAGCAGUCUAUCAAAAUUUUCAUAUCCAUCCAAAAAGUCUCCGCUCAUGGCCCGACCGGCAUUUACCAUCGUCCCCGUGCGUGACCCUGCCGAUCUAAAAGACACGAUAUCUCUAUUCUACGCCUAUGCAGAAUCUCUCGGCUUCGACUUGGCGUUUCAGAAUUUCGAUACAGAAAUGGCCAAUAUGCCAGGAAAGUAUUCCCCGCCCAAUGGAGAAUUGUUGCUCGCUCGGAACUCGGAUGGACUGGCCAUUGGCUGUGUCGGACUGCGUCCUCUCCCUUCCCCAGACGCCGACACUCAGAUUUGCGAGAUGAAGCGGCUGUAUGUCACGCCGUCAGGACGAGGGACAGGUGUUGGAAAAGCAUUGGCUUCCGAGAUCAUUGCCGUUGCAACACAACUUGGGUACGCUGAGAUGAGGCUGGAUACCCUGCCGACUAUGGUGACUGCGCUCAAAAUGUAUCGAUUGUUCGGGUUUGUGGAUAUCCCUGCAUACUAUGAGACACCACUGGAGGGUACCCAUUUUCUAGCACUCAAACUGGAGCGAAAGUAAUGGCUUCGGAUCAUGCUCCCAGAUGUCCUUGGGCGGUUCUCUCGACAGCUUCGCAGCCGUCUGCAGUGUGAAGGAAUUUUGUAACUUUUCUGAUGAGCCAUAACCGGGAUGCCAGAAAUACCAGGGUUGAUACGUCCCUGCAAAAAUAGGAAUGCUCACUAUGUGCUGUGCCUG